CCCCUUCUUCCUCACUACCGCUCCCUUACUACCUUUCCGAUGAGAUCUCUCGCGAGAUUCCUCCAAUCCUCCACCAGAAACCUCUCCUCGUCGCCGCCGCCGGACUCACCGGAUCCGAUCACAGUCGACUCCGACGUGGUGGUGAUCCUCGCAGCGCUCUUAUGUGCUCUGAUUUGCGUCGUUGGUCUCGCCCUUGUCGCCCGCUGCGCGUGGCUCCGCCGCACACCCGCCACUGCCGAUCCCUCCGCCCCUCCAGCUCUCCCUAACAAGGGCCUCAAGAAGAAGGCUCUCCGCGCCCUCCCCAAGCUCUCCUUCGACCCUGCUUCCACCGUCCAAGGGAAGCUCGCUGAGUGCCCCAUCUGCCUGACCGAGUUCACCGAGGGCGACGAGAUCCGAAUCCUCCCCCACUGCGGCCACGGAUUCCACGUCGCCUGUGUUGACACCUGGCUUAGCUCUCACUCUUCCUGUCCUUCAUGCCGCCGUAUCCUAGUUGUCACCGCCGUUGCCCCGCCGUCUCGGUGCCAGCGAUGUGGCGCCUGUUCCGAUUCCUCCGCCGCAGCCACCGCUGAGAACGGCGCUAAGGCCCGCGAGGACGCCGACGCCAAUAGGUUCUUGCCCUAAUUAUCUUCUUCUUUUUUUUUAUUUUUAAGAAAAAUCUGGUGUGUUUGUAUAUAAGAAUGGAAUAUAGAAAUGAAAAUUUUAAAAUUAAAAAAAAAA